CAUCUAUCCAGCGGUCUUUGCAAGGUCGUAUUCCCCAACAAAGGUCGAAAAAGGAUCAACAAACCAGCAAAAACACAAAAGUCAAGUCGUCCCAAGAUGCUGGUCAACUCGUUCCUGGGAGCCCUCUCCAUGGUGGGCACUUUCAUUACCCAAGCACUGGAUGGACUCAUCCUAUUUCCCAGCCUCCUGAGGACUGGGCCCUGCCCUGAAGUGCCCGUCGUUAAAAACUUUAAUGUCUCAGCAUACCUUGGAAGGUGGUACGAACUGGAACGCUUCGAAAAUCUCUUCCAAAGUGGCGCAUGCGCGACUGCAGACUACGCCCUCUUCCCAAAUGGUUCUAUUUCUGUCGUCAAUACCCAAAUCUCGAAUGGAAACCUGGACUCCAUCAACGGUAUUGCUAGACCAGGUCCCGACAAGACGGUGGGAGACCUGAUCGUCAGCUUCCCAGGACCUCUCGUCCUCAAUACCCAGACGCCCAACUACAGAAUUGUGACCACUGAUUACAUCACUCAUUCUGUCGUUUAUUCCUGUGCCUCUUUCGCUGGAAAGAGAAUUGAAUUCGCGUGGAUCCUUGGACGUGAGCCAUACAUCCCCAAAGUGAAACUUGAUGCGCUGAAGACCCAGUUGGAGACCUACGGAAUCGACACCACGAGGUUCAACACGAUGCGUCAGCUCAACUGCCCUAGGAAACCUCUCACAAGGAGGAGGAGCCUCAAUUUCUGAUUGGUUGAACAGCCAGAACUUCAAUUUCUGAUUGACUGAACAGCCAGAACUUCAAUUUUUGAAUGGCUGAUCAGCCCAGUAAAUUGAAAUCAUUACCUCCUUGUACUUUUUAAAGAGUUGUCUUUUUAUGGUCUUUUUAUGUAAGUUCUUCAUGACUAUUUAUAUUUGAUGCAUAACUUAUCUUGUACUCUAUGUUUUCAAGUUGAUUUCUAUCUCUCGUUGUUGGAUAUUUAUUCAGAAAGGAAGUGGAAUUAAGAGAGCAGUGCUCUCUGUGAUUUGAUGGAGGUCAGUUGUGACCAUUUAGCUAAUGACUUUUUCUUUUUUAACUCUUUCUAUAUAGUAUUCCAUUAUUCUCAUUCUCAUUUCUGUUACUGUUUCCAAUGUGCUCCCAAUGUUAUUGUUGUUAAUUUUAUUAUUGUUAUAGUAUAUCUAUCCUCCCAUUUUGAUUCAUGUGUUUAAGAAGAGGUAAUGAUAAGUGGAAGUCUCUGCUCCACUGUAAAAACUCUCUUAAUGUUAUUUGUAUGUGAUCAAAAAUUUCCACAGCUUUGCUCAAUAUUCUUUGAAUUCUCUUUGGCGUUGGUAGAUUUCACAAAUUUAUGGAUGUUAAAUGAAUGUUGCUAAAAAUAUUAUUUAUUGCACAGUGUCAAUCAAAGUAAAUGUAAUUAGUUUUAAGGAAAUAAACA